AUGGGACUAUUGCAUGCGAGCUACGGAAUGGGUGCAUUCAUCGCCCCUUUGAUUGCCACCCAAUUCGCACAACUACCUCGAUGGUCAUUUUAUUAUAUGACUUCACUCGGAGUUGCUCUUCUUAAUGCGCUAUCGCUCUUUUCGGCCUUCAAGCUCCGCCGGCUACAUGAUAUUACAGGUGUCAAUGAGCCCAACCUCAGUGCUUCCCAGAGUGAAGAGAGCAAAUAUAAGGGCAUACUCAGUUCUCGGGCUGUGCAGUUGAUAGCACUCUUUAUCUGGGUUUAUGUUGGAACUGAGGUUACUAUCGGAGGCUGGAUUGUCACGUUCAUUAUCGAAGUCCGUGGCGGUGGCGCAUCUGCAGGAUAUAUUAGUAGUGGCUUCUUUGGUGGACUAAUGCUAGGGCGUGUGGUGCUAUUAUGGAUUAACAAGAAGGUCGGGGAACGCCGGGUCGUGUAUAUCUAUGGCCUUUUGGCUAUCGGGCUCGAAUCAGUUGUCUGGCUCGUACCGGAUGUCAUUGGAAAUGCGCUUGCGGUGGCUGUCGUCGGCUUGUUCCUUGGUCCAAUGUAUCCUAUUGCGAUGAACAUAACUUCGAGCGUUAUUCCUAGGAGGAUCUUGACGGGGAGCAUCGGGUGGAUUGCAUCAUUUGGCCAGGCUGGAUCAGCGGCUUUUCCAUUUAUAACUGGUGUGUUUGCACAAAAGUAUGGCGUGAAAGUACUCCAGCCUUUGUUGGUCGGGACACUGGUACCUCAUCGUUUUAUGGUCCAUGGUUCCGUCGGGCCCUCGGCGCCGGGGAGACUAGUUCAUUACCUGUUUUCCUCACAGUCAAAAGCUGUCAUAGGCAUGUACCUCGCGGGUGCCCCCCUUUGUUUUUCUUCCAAAAUUAAAGCUCUUUGA